UUUAAACUGAGAGGCAGUCGGGAAAAUCUGGGGGAGUUUUGACAGGUGUGGCUGCUCCGUCGGUUCCUGCUGCUAACGUGGUGGAAUGCUGAAUUUAAUGUUACUUUAAGAUUUGAUGUCUUUAAAGCUACGUGCAUCAAGACCCUAAGAUAUCUCACAGAGCCAGACACGAUGGAGACCUCAGUGGUGAACCUGUACGACAAGUUCCUGAGUCAUGUGGACAGCCUCAGCGAAGGCGUCGAACCACAGUUUAUCCAGAUGGCGACCAGCUUUGAGGCGUGCCGUAAAAAGUGGCUCCAAGCGGACGAGGCGCUGGGCUCCUGUAAGGAGGUGCUGGCCAAAGCCGAGACGGACAGGGGGUCGUUGGAGGUCAAGCUGAAGCACGCUCGCAACCAGGUGGAUGUGGAGAUCCGGAGGCGGCAGAAAGCUGAGGCUGAGUACGAGAAGCUGGAGCGUCAGCUGCAGCUGAUUCGGGACCUGUUGAUCUCGGAGACCCACAGCAGCAGUGUCCACUUGAGUGAGGAGCAGAGGAAUGCCCUUGCCUUCCUCAGCGCCCACUCCCAGGCGGCCCAGUCCGCCAAGGGCAACGUCAACACCAGCCACAGGUUAACCACCAUUGAUGAAUCGGCCUCCAUGCUGUCAGACAUUAGCUAUGACCAAACGGAUGACUCUCUGGACUGGGACUCCUCUGUCGUCAGGACCGUGAAGCUGAGGAAACGCCAGAAAAGGCGGUCCUCCAGACAACUCCUAGAUCCUGUGAAGAGACCUCGCUCGUCAGGGCGCAGAGACCCAGACAGGGUGAACGAGUCAGUGGUAACCAAGACGACCAUCACUGUCUCUGCUAAUGGUGGCCCCGUGGAGGCCGUCUCCACCAUUGAGACGGUGCCCUACUACACCCGUAACCGAAAGAAGAGUGCUGCUGCUCCAGUAUGGACGGAUACCACUACCGACCAAUCCGAGACCACCAGCGAUGCACCCAGUAUGCCGUUCACCGAGGCCACACCCACUCCAAGAACCCCCAGGAACAACACCGCUUCCGGGAAGAAACAUAACUUUGUUCCCAAAACGGUCAUCAGGUCAGAGUACUGCCAGCCUUGUGGGAGAAGGACCAAGUUUGGGAAGGUCUAUCUCCGGUGCCAAGAGUGCAGGGUGGUCACCCAUCCAGAGUGUCGGGAGCAGUGCCUCCUGCCAUGCAACCCCAUCGCCUUUAGCACCCCCCUGAGGACCACAGAGGUGACACUGGCUGACUUUGCCCCCAGCACCUCCCCCAUGGUGCCCGUCCUGGUGGUCUACUGCAUCAAAGAGAUCGAACGCAGGGGACUCAAUGAGGUGGGCCUGUACCGUCUCUCCGGCUCCGACCGCCAGGUGAAGGAGCUGAAGGAGAAGCUGCUGAGAGGCAAGACCCUACCGGCCCUCAGUAAGGUGGAGGACAUCAACGUGAUCACAGGCGUCCUCAAGGACUUCCUCAGGAACCUCACGCAGCCGCUGCUCACCUUCCACCUCAACAAGGCCUUCAUGGAGGCUGCAGAAAUCCAGGAUGAGGACAACAGCCUUGCUAUGGUGUACCAGGCCGUCAGUGAGCUUCCCAGCCCCAACCGAGACACCCUGGCCUGCCUGAUGAUCCACCUGCAGAAAGUGUCCCAGUGCCCGGAGAACAAGAUGGACGUGAACAAUCUGUCUCGGGUGUUUGGCCCCACCCUGGUGGGCCAUGCCCUGGCGGAGCCCGACCCCAUGACCAUCCUGCAGGACACCAGCCGGCAGCCCCGGGUGGUGGAGCGCUUGCUGAAAAUCCCAACCUCCUACUGGACCCAGUAUGUUCCUCAAGAGAACAUGUCCAUGGACAACGGCUCACAAAUGGAUAUGUCCAUCAACAGUGUGAGCAUCUUGGGGCCUGUCAACACACCGGAGCAUCACAUGAUGAGCAAAACGCCCUCUUCUGGCUCGCUGUCCAAGCGCAUGAUGCACACCCUCUCCAGCACCACGAUAUUUGGGACCAAGACUAAACCUGCCACUGCUACCUCCAACCGGCAGGUCAACUUCUUUUCUUCCCCACAACUCAAGUGAAAGGGUGAAAAAAUGUAUUUAAUAUUCAGUCCUUUUAUUCUAUUUCACAUGCAUUUAAUCGCAAUAUACUAUUCUCUAUUUGCAUACUCGUCUGGGAGAAAAAAAACAAAAUGUUUUGACCAUGUUAUUACGGUUUUAUGUUGUUAACAAGCUUCUUUAUAUAUGACGUUUUCUAUGAAAAUAAUGCUUUGUGUGCCUUGCAGUGUUUUUAAAAGCUUUGAUUGCCAACGCUUUAUUGAUCCAGAUGGUUGUAUUUACUCCUCUGUAAUGAGAGAAUAAGCUUUCAAUCAAGUCGUACAAAUGUAGGUUCCGAUGUGUCUUAAAUUACGCAACUGUACCGGAUGCGCUUCUUGUUCCAUGUGGUUGUCAUCACAGAACCAAAGACGUGUUGGUAUUUAAAAAAGAAAUGCAGCUGGAUUAAAUGAAGAAUGAAAUAAGUAUUUCUUGUUCCCCAGUCUGCAUGUCGCUUGUGAUGGAAAUCAGUUGCCAUAUCAUUUUCUUCAAAACUGACUUUUUUUUUUUUUAAGCUUAUGUUUGCUUUUAUAUUUAUGUGACAUGCAUCCUAAAUCCUCUGCACAUCCUCUGCGCAUACAGAUUAUGAAACUAGAUUUUUAAAAUGUUUUUGUCAUGCAAACUACCAGUACCGUAAAUGGGAACGAUUGCCUUUUGGCACUAGAAUGUGUGUAAAUAUGUAUUUUCCUUCACAAUAUGCCACAAGAGGAUGCUAUUGCACCAUCUUUUAUAUAUACAUGUAUAUCCUCUCUGUAAAGGACGCCUCCUUUCUUUUUCAUUUUUUUUUAUAUGAAAUUAAGUCUGCUACUGUGAUACCCCUGAUGACCUGUCUACUGUGUGUUAAGUCCCACCAAAGGGCCAUGCCACUCUAUAAAAAAAUGGAAGUGUUAUUCAAAA